AAAUUUCAAUUUAAAACGCUCACAAAACAAAAUACCCAAGAAAAGAAUUUCUUCUGAAUUUGCGCUUUUUUAUCGCAAAAGAAAUUUUAUAAUUUUACAAAUUAAAUAAAGAAAAUAGAAAACCAAAAAAUUGUGUAAAAUAAUUCAUAAAUAAUAUUAUGCUGGGUGAAACAACAUACAAUUGGGACGAUCUUCAAGUCGGACGAUUUGAUUUGAAUCAUUCGGAAAAUUUCUUUACUGAAAAACAUUUUAAACACGAAAAGUAUUCAGAAGAAUUUUGUCCUCUAAAAGAAAUGGCUGCAAUGAAUAUAGAUGAUUCAUUCUCAUCUUUUGAAGAGACCCGAGAGAAUAAAGAAAACAAUGAACCUUUAGCACCAAAUAUUCAAACAAAAAAUGACAAUCCUUUGUCAAUUGCAAAGGAACAAAUUAAACUUGAAAAUAAUGCCCAACAGAAUCAAGUUAAAAUCGAAACACUUCCUUCAUUGUGUCCCUUAUCAGAUAAAAAUCAAAUAAAACUUGAAAAAACUGUCGAUCAGAAUCAAGUUGUUGCUGUAGUAAAAUCACCUCCUUCUCCAUCCCCUUCGAAUGCCAAACGACGACCCGCGAAUCUUUUAACCAAAUUUAAAACUCCAACAACUUCGGAAGUAAAAAAUGUCAAAGCUACCGCAGCUAAUAAAGUUGAACCACCACAUGCUUAUGAUUUUAAAGAUAUUUAUAAAAAGAAAAAAGAAGAAAUGAUGAAGAAACUUUUGGAAGAAGAAAAGAAAAAUCGAAUUUUUCACAGUCGACCGGUGCCAAAGUCUAUGGCAAUGCCAACACAAAAUAAACCUCAUUCUGUACAUUUUUUGACGGUGCCAAAGACACCGGUUGUUUUGAAAAAUUCGAGAGAAGCUGAAGGGAAGAGAAGACAGAGAUUGGAAGAAUAUAAGAGAAAAAAUCAACCUCAACCGUUUACGAGUAGAAAACCAUUAGUUCUAAAUGAAGAACCUUUUAAGCCGAAGAAAACAGUACAAACUGUUUUGCCACAACCUUUUAAAUUAAAUGUGGAACGUAGAUUGGGUGAAAGGAAACAAUAUGAUGAACAAAAUAGAAUAGCUGCUGAGGAGAAGAAAAAGCAGGAGGAAGAAGAACGCAAAAAACGCGAAGAGGAAUUAGUUAAAGAGCUUCGAAAGCUGGCAUCAUUCAAAGCACGACCAAAUCCUUUCAAAUAAACAAAAAAAAAAAAGCAAGGAUCCGAAUAAAAAAAAAAUUCAAAUAAAAAUGAACACAAUAUUUAAAAUUGUUAUAUUUUUUUCUAUUAAUCUAUUCCUAGUUAUAAAUAAAAUUCAGCAUAAUUAGACCACAAAUAAAACAAUAUUCGUGGCGGCACUGUUAGGGCGAUUGAAAAAAAGAAAAAUUAAUUUACAACAAAAAAAAAAUAUACUUAAAAAAUGUAUGUAUUUUUCUUAAUAAAUAAUUUUAUUCUAACCGCAUACACAUUUAUA